GGCCCGGGAAAGAGAGGCGGGGCCCGUGUGGAAGCGGAGCCGCUGAAACCGCCUCCGUUGCCUUUCACGUUGUUUCGGCGCCCGGCUGAGCUGAGCGGGUGGAAGGUGUUGCCGCCCCGGGGGUUCUCCGUCUCUCACACCCUGCGUCGCCUUUCUCGCCCGCUUUUUGGUCUCCUUGAGCCGAGGAAGUGGAAGGGGCGAUGCAGGAACAGGAAAGAAGGAGGCCGGGAAGGUCACCACCCGCACGGCAGCCUGGCCCCGGCCUCUUUCGCUUUCGCCUUCCUCGCCGUCCCGCCCGCCAGGAGGAAUUGGCGGAAAGGGGGUUGGACGUGUCGGGGGUGCCCUUUAGCGAGGCCUCUACCUUUGAGUGACUUUGGCGGAGGAAGGAAGCCCCACACAGCAUACAGUCUCUGAGAUAGACCCUGGCCCAGGUGAACAAAAUGUGAAGAAGGCAAAAUGGUACAUGCUGAAGCCUUUUCUCGUCCCCUAAGUAGGAAUGAAGUUGUUGGUUUAAUUUUCCGUUUAACAAUAUUUGGUGCUGUGACAUAUUUUACCAUAAAAUGGAUGGUAGAUGCAAUUGAUCCAACGAGGAAGCAAAAAGUAGAAGCUCAAAAACAGGCAGAGAAGUUAAUGAAGCAAAUAGGAGUGAAAAAUGUCAAGCUUACAGAGUAUGAAAUGAGCAUUGCUGCACAUCUUGUAGAUCCUCUUAGCAUGCAUGUAACAUGGAGCGACAUUGCAGGUUUAGAUGAUGUUAUUACCGACCUGAAAGACACAGUUAUCUUGCCGAUCAAAAAGAAACAUCUGUUUCAGAACUCCAGGCUCUUACAACCUCCAAAAGGAGUACUUCUCUACGGCCCUCCAGGCUGUGGUAAAACGUUGAUUGCCAAAGCUACAGCAAAAGAAGCAGGUUGCCGAUUUAUUAAUCUUCAACCUUCAACGCUGACAGACAAAUGGUAUGGGGAGUCUCAGAAGCUAGCAGCUGCAGUUUUUUCUCUGGCUAUGAAGCUUCAACCCUCCAUCAUCUUUAUUGAUGAAAUAGAUUCUUUUCUACGGAGUCGUUCAAGCUCUGAUCACGAAGCCACUGCUAUGAUGAAGGCCCAGUUCAUGAGUCUCUGGGAUGGUCUGGACACUGACUACAAUUGCCAAGUGAUAGUGAUGGGAGCCACCAAUCGCCCUCAGGAUCUUGACUCUGCGAUUAUGAGAAGAAUGCCUACGAGAUUUCAUAUCAACCAACCUGCACUAAGGCAAAGAGAAGCAAUCCUGAAACUGAUUUUGAAAAAUGAAAAUGUGGACAGGCGUGUGGAUCUCCUUGAAGUUGCUAAAGAAACAGAUGGGUUCUCAGGAAGUGACUUAAAAGAAAUGUGCCGAGAUGCUGCACUACUGUGCGUCAGAGAAUAUGUUAAUUCUUCCUAUGAUGAAAGUAAUGAAGAUGAUGAAAUUCGACCAGUACAGCAGAGAGAUUUGCAACGAGCAAUUGAGAAAAUGAGGAAAUCAAAGGAUGCAACAAACCAGAGUGUUCUAAUGCACGUUAGUUUAGAUUAAGGUUAAGCAGUGUUCUUCUAUGGCCUGUGACUGGUUUUGGUGACUGGUUAUGCCAUUUAAAUGAGGGAAAUCAAUUGGAAACAGAAAUAACCUUUAAUAAUUGGUUCUGGAAUUGUUUUUAUAUGCUGUUAUCUAAGUUAUUGAAAUCUGGUGAUCUUGCAAAGUUGGAUAUGGCCUCUGUGAUAGAUCAUGACACGAAAGAAUGUAGUCCAGCAGAAAAGCAAUGUCCUGUUUCAUUGUUGCAGCCUUAAAAGUCUGUCAGUUAGAUUCUAAUGUGGCACAGUGUACCUGUUAAAAGGGGAAGCAGAGCCUAUGUAUAUAUAUAUAUGAGAGAGUGUGCAUUUUUAUAUCUAGACAUAAUAUGUAGAUAACUUGGAACAUGAAAAGCCUUUUUUUUUUACUUGUUUUCUUGGUCAAACCAAAUCAGAUAAUUAAAGGAUUCAGUGCACAUUUACUUAUUUUUGUGUUUUACCUUCUUGAAAAGGCAGGCGAUCCGUUUCUGGAAAUAUCUCUUUUCCAGAAAGCAAGAAAACCUAGCCUCUUUUUUUCUCAAUUUAAUUCAUGGGGUCCACUUGUGCCAUCAGUUUAGCGAGAAACCAUAUGUAAGGAUCAUGAACCAUUUGGUUUUGUAGGAAUCUGAUCAGCGCUAAGUUAUAUUCUUUUAAAGUAUUUUUUUAUUAUUAUAGUCAGAAUUAACCAUUGUGUAAUACCAGCAACUGCAUAUUUCCAAAAUUUAUUUUUCUAUUUCCGAACUGUGAAUAAUUUCAUUUCUUUAGAUAGUAAUAGUAGGAUUGCUCUUGUUGCAAAACUUCCUUUAUCGACAUUGUAGGAUUUGCUAGCAAUUAUAAAUGGGCACAGCACAAAAUUAUAGCAUUAAGCACACUGAUUUUUAAAUUUUGUGUGGUGUUCUUCCUACCUUAAUGAACUGAACUGACUAGGCUUCUGCUGGGUCUUGCAGAUGGGAAUUUAAUAGCACUGCAAUAUUCUUAAUGGAGUGGUUAAUAGGAAAAUUUCUUCAGGGUUAAUAUGUUGAAGAAGUCAUUUACAUGCUUUGUUUUUUUUUACCUUACAAUUAAAAGUUGUAUACUUGUGAGGUGAAACUAUCUUAACCAAAACUUUUGUGUGCACAUUGCAUUUAAAAUUGUCACAAACAUUUUUUAUACAGGAAUAUACUAGUCAUUAAAAUAAACACUGAAAAACAAAUAUUUAAAAAAGCAACAAGUAAAUGACAGAUUUUAGACAAUUUUCAUCUCAGUUUUUAACAUGAUUCUGACUAAUAUUCUUGGAGGUGCUGGUUUGAGUAUAACUGCUUUGUAUAAAGCACAGAAUGUUUUUGAAACAUUAUAUGCUGACUCGUUAUGGGUUACUCGGGGAAGGAUAGAUACAAAGGAGAGAUAGUUGUCAAGUAGAAAGUGAUUUUGGGUUAAGAAAAACACAGAGCAGACAUAGGACAUUAUUCUUUUGUUUUUGAAAAGCAGAUUUCAUCUACUGAAGUAGCUCUUAAAGAUUUCAGUUCAGUCCAGCCAGUUCAGAACUCCCUCCCUUCAAAUGGCCAUUCUAAUGUUUCAGGGCAAGUUUGUGUGUGUCAGGUAAGUCAGUGGCCAAAAUCCUGUUGCUUAGUAUAGUAAAUUGCACUGUAGUAGGCUCACUGAAUCAGUGGGGAUUUGAUAAGUCAGGUCCUCCAUAAAUACCAUUGAUUCACAUGGAUUAUUCCAACUUGUUCUUACUGUGCUAAAGUAAGUUGCAGUUAGAGCAGGCCAAUUUGAAUUAAUGGAGCCUACAGAGGAGUUGACUUACCACAUCCUUAUUGAUUCAGUGGCCCUACUCUAGUGCAACUUACUAGGAUAAGCAAUAAGAUCUUGACCAUUGUGUAUUUGGUUUGUAUGUGUACAUGUGCACUGUUUUCUGUGUACAUGAAGUCUACAUACAUGCUGGGUAUACAUUGGAAUUUUUCUGUUUCUCAAAAGGUGGCCACAGGAAAUCUCCAAACUGUUGUUGCAGUUUGCAUGAGUUUAAAUAACAGUUUGUGUUUGUGUGUGUGUGUGUGUUUGCAUUAUUUUUAAAGGGGAAUGCGGUUACGGACGGUGUGUUCUUUUCUUCUGUUUCCUCUAUAGAAAAUUCCCAUCCAACCUAAAGAGUGUCAAGGGGAAGUUCUGGAAUAGAUUCUGCAUGUGUGUCCCUCUGGAUUUUAGCCACAUUGAGCGUGAGCACCGAUGUGGUGCUCUUUGUUUUCAUAGGUAGCAUCCAGCUUAUUGGAUCAUUAUUAAAAUUCUAUUGAACUUACUGGAUGCUUUUAAAAAGAUAUUUAUGCAAAAUAACUUUAAAUGCUGGGACAUCUAAGUCCAUGAGUAAACUGUAACCGGCACUUGUACAGUAUUAAAUCUGGCAACUGUCAAGUUUUUUGAUGAUCCCAAGCUUCUCUGUUCUAUGAGAGUGAAUACCAUUUUUCUGUCUCCGUACCUCUAAUGUUAUAUUGCCUUAUUCACUCAAUUUCACUAAAACCGCAGAAUACAAAACCAAUAUAAGUAUGGCAACCCUUCAUAUAGGUGCUGGUUAUUUUCACCUUUACUGUGGCUUGUAAAUAGAAAUGUCAUACAAAUAAAGCCAAUUGUCAAUUAACCAAGUUCCUAACAGAAAUGUAUGUGACCCAUUUUUUAAUUAUAGUUUACUCCAGCAGCAAGAAACAUACUUGGUAUUCCUUUCUGUGAUGACAUUUGUUUUCCCAUUUAUUAAUACACCCCACAAGUACAAAAUUGGCCCAUUUAAAGCAGUGCCAGUUUUGCCAUUCAUUUCAAUAGGAUGUAUAACGGUGAGAGACUGAUCUCUGUCUCUUUCAUUCUCAUUAUCUCUCCUUCUACCCAAAUAAAUGCAUUCACUCCUUUA